UAUCGAAUCUAGCAACAGGAAAGAGCAUCGCGUGCUCUUAGGUUUGUGGUACUUAGUUACUGAUGUCAUAUUAAUUUAUAAUGUGAGUAAAAUAGUAUCAGUAGUUUUAAAUUAGAAACCAUACAGAUUCAUGAAGACCCGGAAUAGCUGUCAGUGUAUCGGUACGUUGCUGUGCCCACGUGGGGUUCCGUGGAGAUGCCAUGCUUUUGUAAUCGUGGUUCCCAUGAAAGUCAAACUUGGAUUAUUGUAGCAGGUUAUACGGAAAACGAAGUUGUCAGUGUAGCUACGAUGCGAAGGAUAUGGGACAACUUCAUUAUUGACGAGGUUAAGGAUGAAAUAUAUGGCUCCUUUUCUGGAUUAAUAUGUCUUCAAGAAUGGAGGUUAUACUACAGAAACAUCAAGCCUAGUAGUCCUAAUGUCAAAGACUGUGAGUCCUUGAAAUGAGGGAUUGUGUUUGGAUCGCCCCAGCCCAUUCUUGAAUCCCCUCCUUUCCCAGCCAUAGCCCCCGUUAUGUUCUGGCUCCGGGCUUUGUGGCGCGGUCCUCGCAGGGCCAUACAUGUCGGGACAUCAAACCGGGACCAGGUUUUAGAGCAGUUGCGUGUAUGUUCCACUGAGGACCAGGUGUUUGACGUGGUGGGCAAGAACAAGGCCAAACUGUCAGCCGGACAUGUGGGCUGUGCACUUGGGAUGCUGUGGCAAUUUCAGAAGGAGAAGCCCUACAUGCUCCGCACGUUGGAGUUUGUCAGGACUCACCCACAAUUCCUCACACUCCGUGUGUUAGCGGAGAACAAGAUCUCCCUCAUGGAUGACGACACAGUGGUGAACAUGCUGUACGAUGUGUUAAGGCUCACUGUGGAACCCCACGAUUCCCUCGUCCAGCAGCUAGUCGCAGAAGGAUGGACCAGAUUAGAUCGACUUGAUCUGGCCACACUGUCCAAGUUCUCUGUCUGUCUGAGUGAUCUGCAUCUUCACUGCAGUCCGCUGAUGGGUCAGAUAACUGAGAUUUUAAACCAGAAGCUUGACUCUGUUGAAGAUAUCAGGGUUCUGACUAACCUGAUGAUUAGCAUAUCUACUUUAGUCUCUCCUCGUCUGAGGGAUGCACUUAUAGAGAGGGCGGACUCCCUGCUGGACAGCAUGGACACCUCUCUCUUCCGCAACUCAAGGAGGAUCGUCCAGUUUCUGCGCAACAUCAAGUACUGCUACCGCCCUCUGCUGGAAAAAUGUGAUAAAAUACUCAUCCACAACGUCCACACCAUGGAUGCUGAGGACAUCGGAAUUGUCCUGGGCCUCUACCAGUCCCUGCAGUUUAAUAGCUGUGACUUCCGCCUGGCUGCAAAACGGAGGAUGACGAAAGACACAGAUGCUUGUUCUGAUCCUCUGUCCUUCAGCAAGUUUUUUGCUGCAUUUGCACCUAUUGCUGGACAAGAAGCCAGAGAGGGGUUGGAGAGUUCAGCGCUGCUGUUGGCUGGCGAGUUCAGUGCCCAGCAGGCAUUGGCUGUGGUAGAGACCCUGGAGGAAAUUCAGUGCCGGAACCUUCCAUUGAUCAACAAGAUUGCUUCGGUGUUGCAUAAGAACCUGGAUGUAUAUCGACCCGUGGAGAUAGCCAGGAUCACCCAGGCCUUGAUUAUGCUCCAUUACCAGAACCCAGAGUUGUUAACCAAGUUAAGGAGCAAACUAGUGGGCCUCUUGCAGGUUAGCAUCAUCCCCCAGGAGGUGUCCAUGCUGACACGUGUGCUCGCAAUGCUGCCAUCUCCCCGGCUGGAAGAGGCAGUGAUUUCACGGGUGGACGCCAUCUUGCCCCAGUGUAACCUCAGCGAGCUCAGCAGCCUUGCCCAAGCCAUCAUCAAGUGGUCACGCAGCGACCCCACGUACCGCCACAGUGCGCCUAGCGUGCACUCACACCUGCUGCAGGUGCUGAAUCGCUGUGGGGUGGAGCGGGCGCGCAUGGCGGACAAGCUGGACCUGCUGCUGGAGGAACUCAAGUACGUUUCUGGGGAGUGGUUUGAGGAGAUGCUCCUGGACGACACUAUGCUGACCAUCCAGAGACUCAUGGACCAGAUUUCCGUAAGCAACCUGCCAGAGGUUUGCCUCUUCCUGACCAAAACCAACUGUGUUUUCGCCCCAAUUCUGGAUCGUGUUGCCAGCGUGACCAAAGAGAACAUCCACAAGAUUCAUUAUUCAGCGACUUAUGCCAUUCUUCUGCCGUUCGCUGUGUUGAAUUACGAUCCACCAAACGGAGACAACUUCUUUGAGUCCUGCAUCCAGAAAUUUACUCCACAUAUUGGUUCUUUUGAUCCCCACCUCUUGGUGCUCAUGGCUUAUACUUUGGCCCUGGCUGACUACUUUCCAGAAGAAUUGAUCAAGGAGAUUUUUAACGUGGAUUUCUUGGCCAAGUUGGACUCCCAGCUAGAAACACUGCCCGAUGCCCUGAACAUGAGGAUCCGCCUACGUCUGAUGGAGCUCAACCGUGCCGUGUGUCUCGAGUGCCCUGAGUUCCAGGUGCCAUGGUUCCAUGAGCGCUACUGCCUGCAGAUGCAGAGGAAAGGUAAUGGCGGCAUCAGUCCCGUCCAACAGCAGAUCCACAAGAUGCUGGGAGAGAUCUUUGGAGGGAUGAACUAUGCUAAAGUAGCUGUGUCUACUCCAUACUUCUAUACCGUAGAUUUUGAGUGCGUGAUGGACAAGCACAUGCGGCCGGUACCCUACACUGAGCAGAACCAGUUACAGAUCACAGAGGAGGAGAAGGUCCAGUGGGGGCUGAACUCUGCGUGGAAGGAGACAAGUGAGAUGCCCCCUGGGGCACAGCGCAUUGCUUUGAUCUUCCUGGAUUCCAAGUCCUUCUGCAGGAACACGGGUCACAUGAAAGGGGAAACGACGAUGAGGAAGAGGCACCUGGAGAUUUUGGGUUAUCAGGUCGUGCAGAUUCCUCACUUUGAGUGGAACUCCAUGGAACUAUCUACCAUGGAAGCUUGGAAGGACUACCUAAGAAAGAAGAUGUUUACUAAGCUGCCAUAGUACCUUUAAUGAUCUGUACUUCAUUAAAAAAAAUGGUAAAGGCCAUUUACGUCUGUUUUGUUUUUCUGUAAUGGAACAUGGCUGUGUCUGGAGGUACACGCAUUUUUGGGGUUAUUUUAUAAUGGAGUGUUUCUAAAAAUUUGUGAACGCAAGGAGCUACCUCACACGUCGCUUCUAGUACCAUGUGCCAUCAACUGAAUUCAUGCUGUAUUUUCCUGUAUUUAGUGCCUACAAAGCUUUGAUAUAAAAUAAUGUGAUAUGAUGUUUUCGAUCUUGUAAAGUUUUUUUU